GACAACGAACCUCCAGGAGGUUGUUUAGGCAGAAGACCAGUGUGUCACUGUGACUUCAUCCUCUUCUUCGAUCUUCAAUAAUGAGGAAACAAGAGCGACCCAAGCACCUCCGACGUGACGCCUCGGGCGACGAGGAGGACAAGGACGUUUUCGACGACGACGACGCUUCUGCCGGAAGCGUCUCGAGCGACGACGACGUUGGAAUCAGCGCCAAGGAGGCAACGACGAACCCCACAGUGUCUCCGAAGGGCGCGUGUUCCCGAGGUGGAAGCGACGACCUCCCCACAGCCGAGGGCGAGGUGGAGGACAGAGAGGCUGGAGAAGAACGCACUGGAGAGAGACAAGAGCGACAGGCAGAAGAUUUGACUGUGCGGCCGAAACCCACCUGGCAGCUCAUCAAAGAAGAUCCGUCGUUCGUCCCGCGCGGCAGCUCGUACUUUUUGCACGACGAUCGCGGAGAAGUUUCGGGAGAGGAGGUUGAGACCGACGAAGAAAGGAGAGGCAGAUCCGGCGCGACGCGGGCCUUCGCAGAUGUCUCCUCUGAUGAAAGUUUCCACUCCGACGACAUUCCACGCAGCACGCAAAUUAGACUGGGAAAGCCUCGAAAGCUGUGGACGCCAGAUGAAGCCGGCCAGGACGAGCGUGACAAGUGGGUGCACGACUGCUUCGAGUCUCUGCUGCAGGAAGGCGGCGAUCGUUCUCUCCCUCCCCUUCGCAGCUUCCACAGAUCGCGCCCGCGCUUCUUCCGACGCGCACCGAAUGCGUUGCAUGCGCGCGGCCGCAGAGGUGCUCCGGCGCCGCGGGGCGGGCGCCCCCGGCGGAGCCGCGACGCUCGGGGCGGCAGCGACGUGCGUGGAGGCGAGGAGACCCAGCUCCCGGAAGCGCGAGGCCAGGGACAGCGAGGUGAACGAAACGGGGACGAAUCAGAGAAGCGAGAAAGCGAGACUCAGGCCGAUGCGACAAGCAAAACCUGGGGCUCCGCUGCGGGCGCUGACGGAGACAAAGACGCGAGACCUGCAGGGCAACCAGGGGGAACCUCGAACGCGCGAGGACAAGGGCGUGGACGCAGGAGAAGAGGCCGCGCCCCAGGUGUCACUACAGCUUACGUGGUCAAGGGCGAGCAACAAGGGCCAGCGCUGACGUCGACCGGAGAAAGUGAACGAAGUCACGACCAUGAAAAAAGCCGCGAAUUUUCCCAGAUCUCUAACAGACCAAGAGGACGCCGCGGCGGCUCCGGGCCUCGAACGGGAGAACGCACAGAGUGGACUGUACGCAUGUCGAAACCUGCAGCGGCGCCCGUCAGCACCUGAGACAAGAACAAAUCACAAAACGAAGAAUGCAUGCAAGCAGUUUUUCAUGCGUGCCUCCGACCAGUGUCACUCGCAAACAGACAGAAGAAAAGGAAACGCAGGAAGAAAAACGAUGGACGCGUCUGCAGUGAACCGACCUUGCGACUACAAGCACGAGCUCCCACUUGAAGAGAGAAUGAGUCACGUGAAAGAAACGGAUGCAUGCAUACGUCCGACUGUCGCUCUAUUUAUAUAGGAUAUGCAUGCACGUUCAUAUGGAGAUAAAGCGGUUUAUGGAUAUUUUAGAUGUGCAUGCACCCGCUGCUUGCAUGGGAGUGUCAUGUUUUCUCCUCUUCAGAGAAAGGAAAAAUUCUCAGUUUUUUCUCGCCUUCGAUGUAGUUGUAUGCUUGAAGUCAACGUGCCGCCACGUUACGGAAGAGCCAAGGAAAUCCCAGAUGUACUUAUAACCUGCAAAUAUCCUAUGAAAUUGCACGUAUUCUCGUAUUCAUAUGUAUACAUGUACAUGCGUACGUACAUAGGAUUUUCAAAUGGUGCUGCGAACUUCGUCUUCUCAAGUGUGAGAAGUAGGGCCUUUGGUUUUAACUCGUAAGGAUUUUUUUUGCUGUGUUGAUUGUUUUCAAGAGCGUGUGCGUGCAAUGAAGAGAAACUGCAUAGAGAACAGAAAAAGCGUAGGUUCUUUCGCCUUCCCUACGGCUUUCUGUUGUGUGUCGAGCCUCGCCUGGUCGGCUGUUUUGGACUCUCUUCUCCUCUUUCGAAAUAGUUCGCUUUCGUCUGCGAAUUCCCUGUGGGCAACUAGCGCAUGCAAGAAUGUUAUCUCUUCGGAAACCGACUUCAAGUCUUCUUGAACGGUUCGCGUCUCCCCAGAAAAGGAUGGAGAACAGCAAUGUGAGGAGGGAGAAGUCGGCAGAGCGAGAGGGCUGGGGAAAGGGAGAAGCGAUGAGGCAGAGAGGGUCUCGCCCUGUCUUUGGGAGUUUCUUGUGUUGAAGAACAAGACUGUGUUUCCGAAUGCGUGUCCAGACGUCA